AAGUAGAUAAUAGGUUAAGUGGUGACUUAACCAUGCUAGAAGUUUUAGGUUUUACACAAGUUAAAUUUUGUCUUGUUCCUAAUAUCAAUUUAGAUAAAACAGCUUUAAUUCAAAAUGAACCAGACGCUUUUAAUAUUCUGAUGGAAAAUUCCAAACAACCUUUACUUCCUCAACAUUGUAAUGAGCAUAACAAUUAUAACAAACUUUAUAAUGAAAUUAUUGAUUUUUUUCGAGCUCAACAAGUUGGUUAG